UCCUUUUCCCCUCCCUCGCCUCUCCCGCUCGACAACUCAGCCGUCUGCUCCUCGCACCUUCCUUCCACAGCCAUACCACUCUUCAUUCAUCCUCCAUAUAAAUUCCCUUUCUCUGCCGAUCUUCCCUCUGAAGGGAGACGAGAGAGAGCAAGAGCGAGCGGGGAAGAAGAGAACUGGGGAAAGACAUGGAAGUGGUGAUGCCGGUUCAAGAGUUCCACUUCGAAAGCGCGACGACUACGCCGUACAUGAGCGCGCCGUCGAGCCCAAAACACUUCGGCGUAGAUCCCAUGGAAUUCUACUACCCCUACGCCGGCGCCCCAACUAGCCCCACCGCCGCCGAAGUUGAAGACGAAUUUGCCUUCGACUUCAGCGGCCAUCUCGAGAAGAACGCGCAGCCGCCGGCGUUAACAUCAGCCGACGAAUUAUUCGACCAAGGCAAAAUCCGACCCCUCAGACCCCCUCCCCGUCUAUGCUCCCCUCCACAUGACCCCUUCGCCGCAACCGUAAACAGAGGAAGAAAUAGUACUCCCUACUCUGCCUUUUCGCCCUCCAUUUCCCGUUCCCAAAGCCCAAAAAAAUCGAGAUCUUUAUCUCCUCUUAGAGCUGGAAAAGGAAGUACGGAUCACUUCCAAACUCCAGUCUCCUCUCACCCUCCUCCAAUAGCAACCGUCUCAUGCUCUUGCAAGGGCGGCGGAAGCGAUGGAAGUUGGAAGUGGCUUAUCAAGGACUUUCUACUCUUCCGCAGCGCGUCGGAGGGCCGCGCCAUAGGAGGCAGCAGCAAGGAUUUUCUCCGAAAGUUCACAGAGCUACCUUCCUCAUCAUCUUCUCCGCCAAAGCUUAAGAAAGCAGGCAGCGGAGAUGUGUCCAGAAGCUCGAGUUUCCGGUCUGUGGAUAGCAGUGGGUCUGUGUCGCGGCGAGGUAGCACGAGGCGUGCGGUGUCGCCGCACGCGAGGCAUUAUACGGCGAACAAAGCGGCGGCGGAUGAGAUGAAGAAGAAGACGGCGCUGCCAUAUCGGCAGAGCUUCUUUAGCUGCCUUCGCUUCUCUCCGGCUCUUCACAGUCUUACCAGCAGGGGUUGAUGAUCGCCAUUUCUCCAACCUUGGACGACCCUGAUCAUGAAAAAAAUUCAAUCAAGAUGAUCCUGAGAGAAAAAAAAAAAGUUAAAACCAAGACGAGGAAAUUUUUGCCGUUAAUUUUGUAUUUGGAUCGAUGCAAAUUUAAAGAGGCACCUGAUCAUAGUCUUAUUUGUUCAAUUUGACUUAUUUGAGAAGAUGAGAAUUUGCAA